AUGCAAUUCUGGUUGUCACUCUCCUGUCUGGAGCCCAGUACAAGGGCCCUCAACCUGGAGUCCAAGGCCCACUGUGAUACGCACCAAUCCCUGAAACCAAGUGCAAGUGCAUUAAGUGAUCGUGGUGGAGAAGACCCAAACCAGAAAGUAAUCCAUGGGGUUAUUAACUCCUUUGUUCAUGUUGAACAGUAUAAGAAAACAUUCCCCUUAAAGUUUUAUCAGGAAAUCUUUGAGUCCCUCUUUCUGAUUGAAGCAGGAGAGUAUUACAAACAAGAAGCUUCAAAUUUAUUACAAGAAUCAAACUGCUCACAAUAUAUGGAAAAGGUUCUAGGUAGAUUAAAAGAUGAAGAAAUUCGAUGUCAAAAAUACUUGCACCCAAGUUCAUAUACUAAAGUGAUUAAUGAAUGUCAGCAACGAAUGGUAGCAGACCAGUUACAGUUCUUACAUGCCGAAUGUCAUAAUAUCAUUCGACAAGAGAACAAAAAUGGCAUGGCAAAUAUGUAUGUCUUACUCCGUGCUGUGUCCAGUGGUUUACCUCCUAUGAUACAGGAGCUGCAAAAUCAUGUCCGUGAUGAGCGCCUUAGAGCGACCAGUAAUCCUACUCAAGAAAAUAUGCCAACACUAUUUGUGGAGUCAGUUUUGGAAUGAUUGGAAAAGACAACGGUGUCCUCAGCUGCCAUCCCUCUCCACGUGCGCCGCAUCCUCAGUUGCCAGCCCUUUCGGUGUGCACCUCUGUACCUCUGCACUUUAUUUCCGCACCUCCUCGAGUCUCAGUGUGCUUUUCUCUUUCCUUCUAGUUGUAGAAUUUCCACUCAUCCAGCCUUCCUGUGGUUCUGGAUGAUGUCCGUUUUGUCUUUUAGUUGUAUUUUUGAAGUGGUUGUGCGAGGCAGCAAUUUCCGGCUCUACGCAAGAAUGCUGGCGAAACGUUUACUUCACGGGUUAUCUAUGUCUAUGGAUUCUGAAGAAGCCAUGAUCAAUAAAUUAAAGCAAGUAUGUGGUUAUGAGUUUACCAGCAAGCUACAUCGGAUGUAUACAGAUAUGAGUGUCAGUGCUGAUCUCAACAAUAAGUUCAACAAUUUUAUCAAAAAUCAAGACACAGUAAUAGAUUUGGGAAUUAGUUUUCAAAUACAUGUUCUACAGGCUGGUGCAUGGCCUCUUACUCAGGCUCCUUCAUCUACAUUUGUGAUUCCCCGGGAAUUGGACAGAAGUGUACAGAUGUUUGAAAUAUUUUACAGCCAGCAUUUCGGUGGAAGGAAACUUACAUGGCUACAUUACCUCUGCACAGGUGAAGUUAAAAUGAACUAUUUGGGCAAACCAUAUGAAGCCAUGGCUACAACAUACCAAAUGGCAGUUCUUCUAGCCUUCAACAACAGUGAAACUGUCAGCUAUCAAGAGCUUCAAGACAGCACACAGAUGAAUGGAAAGGAACUGACAAAAACAAUCAAAUCAUUUCUUGAUGUGAAAAUGAUUAACCAUGAUUCAGAAAAUGAAGAGAUUGAUGCAGAAUCUUCAUUUUCAUUAAAUAUGAACUUCAGCAGUAAAAGAACAAAAUUUAAAAUUACUACAUCAAUGCAGAAAGACACACCACAGGAAAUGGAACAAGCUAGAAGUGCUGUAGAUGAGGACCAGAAAAUGUGUCUCCAAGCCGCUAUAGUUCGUAUCAUGAAAGCACGAAAAGGGCUUUGGCAUAAUGCCCUUAUUCAAGAGGUGAUUAGCCAGUCAAGAGCUAGGUUUAACCCUAGUAUCAGCAUGAUUAAGAAGUGUAUUGAAGUGCUGAUAGACAAACAGUACAUUGAACGCAGCCAGGCUUCAGCAGAUGAAUACAGUUACAUGGCAUGAUGUUGCUCUCCUCCUGUGUGGGUGUGAGAAGAUCAUUGCCAUCACCAUUUGGUGUGUUCCUGUGGGGAAAAGAGCAGGCCCAUGCCUCCAUAAUUUGGUCAUUUGGCAGCCCCUGGUUUUCUGCUGUUUACAACAUCACCAGUGCCACGUCAUGAGCGUCAGAGAAAAUGCCUAGAGAUAUUUCAAGCUUGUGUCAUUAUGACAUUUCUUAACACUUUAUUAAAGAAUGAGUGAAGUAUUGCUGAAAUGUGGAAAUUUGGUUGGGUA